AUGGCCGAGCCGGGGCCGGGGCUGGCGCUGCGCUUCCAGCGCCGGUUUCUGGCGGCGCGGCCGCUUCGCUCGCUGCCCUGGCCGGAACUCGAACAAAGCCUGCGGACCGCGCCGGACUCCGCGCUGCUGGCGGAUAUUCUGCGCCAGACAAUUCUUCAUCCUCUGUGUGUGAAAUAUCCCCCUUCGGCCAAGUACAGGAGGUGCUUCCUGACUGAGCUCAUCAAAAAGAUUGAAUCCACAGCAGCUGAACCCCUGGAUGAACUCUACGAGGCACUGGCAGAUGUUCUAAAAGAAGAAGAAUCUACUCACUGUUACAAAAACUACUUACUGCCCACGGGGGACUGUGUGAGCCUGUCCGAGAGCACUGCUCUCAUCUCCAGGGGCACCACGGGGCUCGUCACAUGGGAGGCUGCUCUGCUGCUGGCACAGUGGGCACUGCAGAACCCCAGUGUGUUCAGGGACAGGACAAUCCUGGAAUUAGGGAGUGGGAUUGGUUUCACUGGAAUUGCCAUCUGCAAGACCUGCCAACCCAGAACAUUCAUAUUUAGUGACUGCCACCCCCAUGUUCUCAGACAGCUGGGAGAAAACAUCCAGCUAAAUGGCUUCAUCCCAGAGCCUGACACGACCUGGAGCAUCCAAACAGAGUCCCAAGGACAGGAGGUGGAAGGGGAGAACUGCCAAAACCCAAAAGUGAUUGUUGCUGAGCUUGACUGGGGCUCAGUGACAGAAGAACAGCUGCAGGGACUCAGAGCUGAUGUUGUCAUUGCAGCAGAUGUGGUGUAUGAUCCUGAGAUAAUUUUAGCCCUCAUUGGGAUGCUACAGAAACUCUCCACUUGCAGAGCAGACAGGAGAGCUCCUGAGGUGUUCAUUGCCUCCACAAUCCGGAAUCCAGACACGUAUCAGCUGUUCCAGGCUGAGUUGGAUAAAGCUGGCAUCAGGUGGCAGAUGAUUCCAGCCCACAGCAGCUGUAAUUUUCUCUAUGAUGUGCAGCCAGAUGUAACUAUUCUACAACUAUUUAUAUAGGCUUGGCUUGGCAAACAGAACUGGAAUUUUGAGACCAACAGGAGCUGUCUCAGCCUUGUAAAAUGAUCCUGAAUUCUGGAAAUGAGGUUCUGAGGAUACAGCUGGACAUGUGGACAUCUGGAGUCCUUCUUUCCUGUAAUUCCCAGCAUGGAUCCAAGCCUGCUGCUUCCCCUGGGAAGUGACUGAACCUCAAGCAACAGAAACCAGAGAGCCCCAAUCACACAUCACUCGGAUUCUGUAGAAGACAACAGAAUUCAAGUGGGGCUUUUUUCCCAACUGUGUUGUGAUUUGUACUAUGUACUGUGUACUCUGGGCAGCCUGCAGGAUCACAGGAUGAGGAUCUCACACAGAGAAGAGAGCAAAACGAUCUUUCAGAGUAAUCAAUGAGUUUUGAUACCAAAACCAGCUGUAACUGUUUACUCUGGUGUUUUAUGUCUGUAUAUACUUGCAGUUUGGAUUAGCUGAAAACCCCCCAAUAAAACAGUGACCAAUACCUGUA